AUGUCUAAAAUAGCAGUACCAUCACUAAAAUAUUUAUCAUUUGGCAUAUGCUCAAUGAGUCAGUUACAACAAAUACUAUUGUGUACAUCCAUCUUAACAAAAUUAGAUGUUCAAUUAAUUGCUGAUAUUACUCCUAUGGACAACACUUUUCUUCCGCCAAUCAUAAGCACAGAAAUUCAUCAAUUAAAAAUUGAACUUGCCGAAAAAUCAAACAUAACAUUUAAUGAUAUCAAAGUAUUGUUUCUUUGGAUUCCGAAAUUAAAAAAGUUUACAUUUAUUGCAGCAAAAGGAAUAAAAUUUAUUCGUGGUGAACAAAGGGAACAUCUAAUUCGUACAUAUUUGCCAGAAUUAAAAAAAUUCCAUUUUAAAAUUCAUCCACGUUUAUAUGAUACAAAUAUAAAACAAAUAUUAGCAAGAUUUCGAACUUCAUUCUGGUUAAAAGAAAAACAAUAG